AUGGAUGACUCCAUCAGACGCGUCGAGAAGCUCAACCUCGAAGAGGUGGAGAAGGUGGACGAAAUGGACAAGAACGCCGAUCCCUUCUCACCAGAAGAAGAGCGACGACUUGUCCGUAAGCUCGAUCUAUGGAUCGUUCCGCUUAUGAUGUUCACAUAUAUGCUGCAAAGCUACGACAAAGGCAUCAUGAGUGCCGCCACACAAUUCAAUUUCAACGAUGACCUAGGCUUGACCACCAUCGUUGGAUAUGAAGCAGAUGGCACAGCCAUCACGAACAACCGACGGUACUCGAAUGCCUCGAUGAUCUUCUAUAUUGGCUAUUUGGUGGGCACAUACCCCAUGAUGUAUCUGGCGCAGCAUUUCCCGCUUUCACGUGUCAUCUCGGGGGCGACAUUUCUAUGGGGAAUAGUAGUCAUGUCAACUGCCGGUUGCUCCAACUAUUCUGGCAUCAUGGUCAAUCGGCUUGUGCUGGGCCUUCUCGAAUCCGCUGUCGCGCCCACAUUCACGGUCUUGGUCACAUUCUGGUGGACUCGUGAUGAGCAGGCCUUGCGUACCGGACUCUGGUAUUGCUGUGUUGGGGUGGCCACUACUAUUGCUCCUUUGAUUAACUAUGGACUUGGGCAGAUUCAUGGACCCCUCGUCUCAUGGAAGCCUAUGUUCCUAGUCCUUGGCGCUAUCACCACCACCUGGGCAGUGGUCUUGUUUUUCUGCUUGCCAGACAGUCCCAUCACAACAAAGGGACUCAAUGAGAGCGAACGCCAAAUUGCUCUUAGCCGACUUGAGCGAAACCAAGCAGGCACAAUCAGCCGUCAAUUCGAUAAAGCUCAGUUCCUCGAGACCUUCCGAGACUUCAAAACGUACAGCUGCACCCUCAUCAUUCUCUUGACAGGAGUACCUUCUGGGGCAAUCGGUACUUUCGGAACGAUUGUUAUCAAUGGAUUUGGAUUCAGUCACUUUGACUCACUGGCAUUGACAUGUCCGAUCGGUGCCAUCACUGCACUGUCCAUUUUGCUUGUUGGCUAUGUGACGCGAAAGUGCAAUGGUACUCGCUACUUUUGCAUAAUUAUAUGUGCUCUUAUCUCCAUCGCCGGGACUUUAAUCUGUUGGUUGGGACCUCGCAGUAAUAAGGGCCUUUUGUUUGCUGGAAUCUUCUUGAUCGCUGUCCAAGUUGCUUCUGGUGGGCUGGCCGUCUCACUGGUCGCGUCCAAUAUUGCUGGUCAUACCAAAAAAGCAACCACCAGUGCAUCCACCUUUGCCGGUUAUUGUAUUGGCAACAUCAUUGGGCCACUGAUCUUCGCUUUGUCUGUCUUUGUGGAGUAG